CUCCCCUCUCCGUUAGUAGUACUGUCGCUCUCUGAUGACGUAGUCGGUGUUUUUACCAUGGCGGCUAUCUUCUAAUUGAUAGGAAAAUGUGUGUUUUGUAGCUGCAAGAACGCUCGUAGUUUCUCAUAAAAAUUCACAACAUAUUCCUUUCAGAAUGAAUAACAGAACGUCUUAUUUUUAUGACCCAGACGUGGGCAACUUUCAUUAUGGUGCCGGCCACCCCAUGAAGCCCCACCGUCUGUCUCUGACUCACAGUCUGGUGCUGCACUAUGGACUCUACAAGAAAAUGAUGGUGUUCAAGCCAUACAAAGCGUCUCAGCACGACAUGUGUCGGUUCCACUCUGAAGACUACAUAGACUUCCUGCAGAAGGUCAGUCCCAACAACAUGCAGGGCUUCACCAAGAGCCUCAACACUUUCAACGUGGGAGACGACUGUCCUGUGUUUCCAGGUCUUUUUGAGUUUUGCUCAAGAUACACAGGAGCCUCCUUACAGGGGGCCACACAGCUCAACCACAAGAUCUGCGACAUUGCCAUCAACUGGGCUGGAGGGUUGCAUCAUGCCAAGAAAUUUGAGGCGUCUGGGUUUUGUUACGUAAAUGACAUCGUCAUCAGUAUACUGGAGCUUCUCAAAUACCACCCGAGGGUUCUGUACAUCGACAUAGACAUUCACCAUGGUGACGGCGUACAGGAAGCCUUUUACCUGACCGACCGCGUCAUGACUGUGUCCUUCCACAAAUACGGGAACUACUUCUUUCCAGGAACAGGUGACAUGUACGAGGUGGGAGCAGAGAGCGGCCGCUACUACUGCCUCAACGUUCCCCUCAGAGACGGCAUCGACGACCAGAGCUACAGGCAGCUGUUCCAGCCGGUCAUCAAACAGGUGGUGGACUUCUACCAGCCGACCUGCAUCGUCCUGCAGUGUGGAGCAGAUUCUCUGGGCUGCGACAGACUCGGCUGCUUCAACCUCAGUAUACGAGGACACGGAGAGUGUGUGGAGUUCGUAAAGAGCUUCAGGAUCCCUCUGCUGGUCCUGGGAGGGGGGGGGUACACGGUCAGGAACGUGGCUCGCUGCUGGACCUUUGAGACCUCUCUGUUAUUGGACGAACCCAUCAGUGAUGAGCUGCCUUAUAGCGAAUAUUUUGAGUACUUUGCUCCAGAUUUCACGCUGCAUCCAGAUGUCAGCACCAGGAUAGAGAACCAGAACUCCAGACAGUAUCUGGAGCAGAUCCGUCAGACGGUGUUUGAGAACCUGAAGAUGUUGAACCACGCUCCCAGCGUCCAGAUCCACGACGUGCCCUCCGACAUACUAAGCUACGAACGCACCGACGAGCCCGACCCCGACGAGAGGGGGGGGGAGGAACCCUACACCAGACCCGAGGCAGCCAAUGAGUUCUACGACGGUGACCACGACAACGACAAAGAGAGCGACGUAGAGAUUUGACCCGAGGAUGAAAGGGGCGGAGCUUUCCCUGCAGCGUUCUGUUACAUCACAUCAAACAUCACUUCAUGACCGCAGCUUUUACAGAAACUACAUUUCUGGAAGGACUGAAAAGACUCGAGCUCUGUUCCUGCUUUCUUUUAGAAGGUCCUCUUUUUAAAAGUCCUCAAUCAGCCGCCAUCUUGGUCCUUUACACCACCGACACUCAUCAGAACAGCCAACCUACACACAGCAGUAUUCCCAUUUCUUGUUGGAGCCAUCACUUACCGUUACAACAGGAAGAGCCCAGAUCACAUACUCUUUAAUAAUCCUGGCCAUAUCCAUAUGAUAUUACUUCUUUGAAGCACCGUCCACUGGUAUUCAAAACGUAUAUUUUAGAUUUUGACUAUAGACUUUUUCUCACUUGUUGUCUUGUUCAUGUUAUCAUAGUAAGGAAAUGUUUUUGACUUUUGAAGGAGGGAAAUCUCAUCUGAACCAAAGUUAUUUAAUCAACGGAGUUACAUUUGUAAACAGCAGAUGUCACAUCAAAAGGCAAUGUUUUUAUCAUCCGAAAUGUCAAGCAGGUGCUGUGUGACAGAAGUCAGUGUAACAUGUGAAGGCACUCUUUGAAGAAAACUAACACCAGGUGUCAUUGGAAAAGAUGUGAGGAGUUGUUUCACUUGCAAGGAACUGUCCAAGUGCCUGCAACGAUACAUUAGCCUCCUUUAAUCUGACUAAAUCUUAAGAAGACUUAUUAUUUGACAGCCCCUGUGUAGUUGUCAGAAUGUUUUUCUACAAUCCUACAAUUAUUCAGGUGCCUUACAGCUCAGUGAAGUCAAACAUUGGUUUAGAGCUGGGCACUUUAUAAACUUCCCUUUUUACUUGAUUUGGACUGGAACAUCGAUCAAUGAGGCAACUAGACCUAUUUACAUUCCUUUCUCUUUACUCCUGGAUACUCGGCCCAUUACUGUAUAUAUACAUGAAUAAAUGUAUGAACUGUGAGUGUGUUCAUAUUGUAGAAGAUGACACCUGUGGCGAUUGUUGUUUAGGUUGUUAAACAUUUUUGUAAAGAAUCAAGUUGAAAUACGUUCUAUUAUCUGCCACCUCACGACCUCUUUUAGCCAGAAACAGUUUCAUGUGAUUUUUUGAUAUUGUCUACUUUUGUUUUUAAUAAAAAUUCUACAAAUUGAAAAUAUUUGAAAAUGGAAAA